UGCGACAAACCGACCAGCAGCGUCCUGACGAGCAGACGGCUCUUUGAAGGCCGACGAGGAAAGUCGGGGAAAAAAGCGACUCGGCGCAGUUGUAGGGUCGAACACGCGCCCGCCAUCGUGUAUUCUACCGUGUGCGCCACCGGCUGCCGGAAAAUCCUGCACCCUUGCGUUGCAUCGCUUUGAAGGCUCCCUACCCAGCAAGUGUCUACAUCUUUCAGGAAGAUCGCUGCCAUGAUUCCUGCUCCGACGUCGGCGUUCUUCGCAGUCUUGGGACUGUCAAUCCUCGCUCUGGUUUCCUCUAGCACUCCCACGCAAAGGAAGUACGAGGAACUGCAGUCCAACCCGGUGCUCCUAUUCCAGUGCUACCGCAAUGGGACUACCCCUGACAGGGAACUGUCCGUCAACUACACUUCGCUCUUCGACGGCACCGAACCAAACAACGGCAAUGCCACCGUGACGCUAUGGUUCGCCAUCAACGGCACUGAAGAUCAAGUCUACAAGUUCACAUUCGACGCUUCCUACGUCCCCGAGACGGACAGCAUCACCUUCGCUUACGGAGGCAGACGAGCUGAGGUCGUUCUCACAGAAGAUCCCAUCAACGGCACUGUCUACGUAAUAAACGAAACCUUCAACGGCACGGUGUUCCAUCAAAUCUACCAGACGGACGAGUCGUGCGCAACGGCACGAGCCGUACUCCAGCAACAGUGCCCGGACGGCUGCGGCAUGAAGCAGACAAGGAUAUUUUGAGGGUCGACGGACCUGCUAUAGCCUCAGAAUGCCAUAAAAAAGAGUCCCCUCGUCAUAUCGAUCAUUCUACGUAAAAAAAGUAUAUUGCUUUAAUGUUUGCUUUGCCAAGGGAGAGCUUCAUGGAAACUUAGAGCCGACAGCAACAGCAGCGUUCAGAGCCCCUAUGGUUCUGGGAGUUUUAUUUUGUCUGAACUAAAAUAAAGUAAUAAAAUAUAAAUCA